AGAGAAAGGCGGCUUCCUCGUGCUGACCUUCGGCUUCGGUCCUACCGUACCGCCGCUGCCGCGUCGUGGAAGAAGAGCAAACCGCCUCCCCCACCCUUCCCUCCUCUUCUUCCCCGCCUCUCCGGAGUAUUCCUUCGGGCCUCGACUGCCUCCGAUCCCGCCGCGAGACAAGGACUCCCGCAUGGACGCUGCCGGCAGGGCGGAGGCCGCGAACGGCGGGAUCGAGGGCGCCGCCGACCCCUGCAGCUCCGGCGGCGGUUAUCGGCUCUCCGUCCAUCAGAUCUCCGGUGGCGGGAAAGCUGCCGAUAUCAUCUUAUGGAGGCGUGGGCGUGUUACAUUUGGAGUUAUAUUUGGUGCUACUGUGGCAUGGUUGUUGUUCGAGAAGUCUGGACUGUCAUUCUUGACUAUCUGCUGUGAUGUAUUGCUCAUUUUGAUAGUUGUGCAGUUCAUACGGGUUAAAAUAGCUGGAUUGCUAAAUAAGCAACCUAGGCCGCUACCUGAGUUAGUUUUAUCAGAGGAGAUGGUUAGCAAUGCCGCAGCUUCAUUCCGUGUUAAAGUCAACAACAUGCUGAUGAUCGCACAUGAUAUUACUCUCGGCAAGGAUUUCCGGCUCUUUUUCCAGGUUGUACUUGUCCUUUGGCUGUUAUCCGUCAUUGGCAAUUUCUGCUCUUCUAUCACUCUUGCUUAUAUAGGAACCAUUGCUUUGGUCACAAUACCUGCAUUAUACAAUAAAUAUCAGCGGCACGUCGAUAGGUAUGCCGGGAUGGUCCACCGGAAUAUAUCGAGGCAUUACAGAAUAGUUGACGAAAAUGUGAUCAGUAGACUUCCGAGAAGCUUUAUCAUAGACAAAGACGAGUGAUUUGGUUGAAAACGUGAGUUUGGGACUCUACACAAGUAAUUUUUGUACCUGUAUUCUUACAACGUACGCGACAUGAAAUUAGGGAUUUAGGAAAAGUUGGGGAAAAAAGAAGAGACCUGCUGUAGAUAGCGUUGCAAUGUACUCUUGGGCAGUAAGGCUUGAAACGUUAAGAUAUGCAGAAAAUUGCACACCUGCGUACAGAUUUC